AUGGCAGAAGAUUUAUCGAUCAAUAAAAAUAAGAUAUUAACCCAAAGAUACGGAAAUAGUAACAACGAUAUUUGCAGAUUGUGUUUGAAAAAUGAGCCACAUAUGGAGCCGUUGUUUUACACCAAUCUGUUUCCUAAUAUUUUGCUCACGAAAAAAAUAUACGAUUGCACCUCCAUUCAGAUCAUUUACGAUCGUAACCUGCCGAUGUUCGUAUGCAAACUGUGCGCCAACAAGCUGGACGAGUAUGUGCGAUUUCGGGAGCGGUGCGUGGCGAACGACGAAUUCCUGCGGAACGCCUUGGCGGCCUUCGACAUGGGAAAUGGUGCUGGAAAUUGUUCGGGCAUCAUUAAAAAGGACCCGGAUGGUAGUCCCCCGCCACCGACCAAGCUGGCGCAAUGUCUCGGUGUAACGCCAAUCGAACUGAACCGUGCUCUAGUGGCUGCAGCGGCAGCCGCCACAGAUCACCAAACGGCAAAGCGAGAACCGUUGGAUUUAGAAGACGACGAUGGGUCGCAGAAUGGACGGAUGUAUGAACAUGGAUCGCAGACCAGUUCACCGGAUCGCAGCAGCGACUUGGUGGGAGAUUUUACACACGGGAAAAUGCACGAUGCGAUAUUUAGGAGUGCAAACCUGGUCGGAAUUCCGAGUGGAAUUAGUGAACCUCAGCAUGAAUCGCCCCCGUAUGUGUGCGAAAUUUGCUCGAAAUCGUUUAAAAUACGGCACCAUCUUCUUGUGCACCGGCACACGCACGUGGAUAGCCAUAACGAAUUGCCAAUCAGCAUGUUGAACGGUGGAGUUGGUGGUGGAGUUUCAGGUGGUGACGGAGGGGGAGCUACAGGAACCGGGAAACAAUCGUACAGCUGCCCGAAAUGCACCAAAGUAUUCGUUAACAAGGGAAACCUGCUCAAUCACCUCGAGACGCAUACGAACGAGAAGAACUAUGCAUGUGAAAUUUGUUCGAAGACGUUCAAGUACAAUGUGCAGCUACGGUUGCAUAUGCGCAUUCACACCGGAGAACGACCGCACAAGUGCGAAAUCUGCAAUCGCGGAUUUUCCCAGCUGUCCAACCUAAGGUCCCACCGGAAAACCCACUCCAAAGUUAAACCCUACAAGUGCCAUUUAUGCUUAAAAAGUUUCACCGUGCUCGACAACCUUACGGCGCACAGUGCCAAAUGUCUGAAAGACAAAUUCCGAUGUUCACUCUGCUCGAAGUCGUUCGCCAAGGAAGGCAACCUGCUGACCCACCUGCAGUCGCACAGCGAGGGCGUCGUGGAAAAGAUGUUCAAGUGCGAGAUGUGCCCGAAGAGCUUCAAGAACAAGGAAGACUGGAAGCGCCAUGUGCGCGUGCAUACGGGCGAAAAGCCGUACACGUGCGACAUCUGCUCGAAGGGGUUCGCUCAGAAGGCCAAUCUUCUAUCGCACCAGAAGACGCACCUAAAACCGAACGUUAUCUUCAAAUGCGACCGUUGCGAUCGUACGUUCCGGACGCAAAAGGUACUGGAAAUGCACUUUCCAAAGUGCGGCGUUGUAGGUGCCGGUUUGGCGGUGUCAUCAAGCCCCGUGACACCACGGUCCGAGUCGACACCGGUUGGUUCGCCGAGUCCGGUGACGACUGGGACGCCGGCUACCACCGCAACUACACCGACGCUUUCGGAGGCUCUUUCCGAUCUGCUGCGAUAUGAAAUAGCACUGCGGGCACCGCUGGAGCUUCAACAGAUGCUGCUUGGACACAUGGAUCGCAAGAAGCCAAACGUGACCGGUAGCGGGGGCAAGCCCACGGGACGUCGAUACCGGUGUGACGUGUGUUUCAAGGGUUAUUCACAGUAUCCAUCCUUGAUAAAGCACCGAAAACUGCACUUCAAGGUACCUCCGCUAGUGAAGGUUCUUGGCGCCAAGGCAAAGAACCCACCGGAUCAUAACGACAGCGUCACCUGUGACGAUGGUGAGGAGAUGCAGGCACAGGCGGUAGGACCGCUGGUAUCAGCGCCGGACCUUGCGUGUGACCCGGAGCGACCGUACGGCUGUGAUAUUUGUGGCGGAAGAUUUGAAGCACCAUCUGCGCACCCACCCGAUCGCUGCCGAGAGGAUCUUCAGCUGCGAGUACUGCUUGAACCGGUUCCGCUCGAACGAGGACCUGAAGCGCCACCGGCGGUCGCACACCGGCGAGCGGCCUUUCCGGUGCACACGUUGCCCGAAGGCAUUCACGCAGCAGUCCAACCUGCGGGCCCACACGAGGAUUCACGAACGACCGCCGCCGACCGCAUGCAGGGCCCUCCAGCCGGAAGGUCUACUCUACCCGGGACGGAUGCAGGAUCUGGGAUGGAAGCAGGAAUCGUUUCCCCAGGAAUGCCCGCGGAACCAGCAAGAGAACCUCAGAGAUGUGUAAUGUAG